AUGGCGGCAAAAUAUAUAAUUUUAUUUUCAGCGUGCCUUGUGCUCGCAUCAUCUCAAAGUAAUGGGCUGCAAACUGUGAAUGGAAGAAUAAAGGUUACCGUGGGUAUUACUUCAUCAAAUUCUGAAGUACAACUAUUCCUUAACAAUCAGCUUUUACCAGCGGUCGCAGCGCAUGGACAGUUUCUUGACAUCGAAUUCGUACCUUGGGGAAGGACAAAGUGGGAGAAUAACGUUUUCGUGUGUGAUAAUGGUCUUGCUGAGUGUUGGGCUAAUCGCGUACAUAGAUGCGUUUUGGACAAGCUGAAGGAUGACCAAGCCGCCCAGCUCCGCUAUAUUACUUGCGAGUUUUCUCAUCCAUUCCCAUCAUUCGGACAAGGAAGUUAUGCCUGCGUUCAAGAUAUCGGCUUAAAUAUGUUAGAUGUUGAUUACUGUGUCGCUAAUCCUGGAGACAACUUGGAUAUACAAGCUUCGGAAGCUGCCGCCAAACCUAUGGAAGAGUUAAAAUUCAUUCCAUACGUCGUUUUCAAUGACGACAUCAAUCUAGAACUACACAAUCAAGGUUUGACUAGACUCUCAAACUUGAUCUGUUGGGCUCUAUCGGAGGACUCGAGCACUGGAAUAACUAGCUGUCAUGUUUAA